UGUUAAUCACAGAGUAAAAUACUGCCGAAAGCCGUGACUGAGCGUGUCCCCACUCAGUUUCCUCCUCCUCUUCCUCUUUCCGUCCCACCGCCAUGGCGACGACGGAGCAACCACUGAAGAAACGGAAGCUUUACGAACCACCUCCACCGCUGCCUCAGUCACCGCCUCCUCCUCCUCCACCGCAACCACCGCCACCGCUGCCUCAACAGCAUUCGGCGCUAACUUUCCAGCAGAGCAACGCUGCUCCGCCGCUAUCUCAGGAUGAAAUUCACCGACGGAGAAGAAACCAAGAAGAGAUUCGAAAUGCUUAUGAGUGCUACAAACGCAUUAAAUUCUGCAUCUCACAGACCGACGAUCGUCUUAUGGCAGAACUCGAACAAGCAUAUCUUUCUCUCCUUACUGCCUCGAGAGGUUGCACAAGUGUACAACGUCUAGUGGCUGAUUUUAUUCCUCGUUUUGCUUCGUAUUGUCCCACUGCUCUUGAAGCUGCAGUGAAAGUUGUUAUCAAUAUGCAUAAUUGGAAGUUAGCUUUGAUUGGUAAAGGAGAAGAUACAGACGGUGUUGCAUUUGACACUGCUAAGGUGUGCAUUUUUGGUCUAGCUGAUAUUUGUCGAAGUGCUGCUGCUGAGGCACCAACAUCGUCAGUUAUUCGAGGAAUUUGCACCACAGUUUUUCGUGAUGGACUCACCUUCUUUAUAUCAUGUUUUGAAGGGAAGGAUGUUCUCGAGAUUGCUGACAAGGAAUAUUUUGGUAUUCAGGAUGCUCAUUUGUUCUCUGAGUACCAACAAAAGAUUUUAAACAAGGAACAACCGGUACUGCUCAAGCUAUCUGAGUUCCGAGUACUUUGUUUCCUCAGAAUUUUCUUUACCUGCCCCAAAAAUUCAAUUGCAACUUGUUUUGAGCUCAUCGGUUCUACUGGAUCAGAGGAAUCUAAGAGGGAAGGAUAUUACUUACUUCGUCAGUUAACUAACAGGCUUGAUGAUGCUGUUGGUCAUCCUAGGAAUGGAGGAAAUAGUCCUGUGAUAUCAUCACCGAAGGCCACAGAAACAAGUAGCAAAAGUAAGGAAGUGGAUGAUGGCGUUGCAACAUGUGGCAAACAAGGCUCAGACAAUCGCUCCCUUGUUUCGAUGAACUGCUUAUUACGACUGGUUAUAGAGAAAGAUCAUUCUCUGAAGAGUUGGAUUUACUCGAGGUUUAAGAAAUUAAGUGAAUCAGCUUCCUCUCAAGUCGUUUCAGAUAUUUCCGCAGUUCUUGAAGGAGUAUUGCAGUCUUUCUUGAAUGAAGUGAAGGCAGAAAAACCUCAUGAUGCUGGUGAUGAGGAUGGUUUUGAUACUGCAAAGUAUGUUAGUGAGUACUUGUGUCAUGAGCUAUCUGCUCAAAAAGUAACUCAUGAAGUUUCUAGAAGCCCAGCAGUUCCUCUGGGAUCAACUCACCGCUCCAGUAUGAGUUCAAAUACUAAUAGUGGUGAGCGUAGGUCUGUAGUUUUUGACUCUAAAGAGUCCGGAGAUUUUACGAAUACUAGGCCUUCUGUGCACAUGGAGGUCUAUAACCAGCAGAUUCUUUCACCUAUUUCUAGAACACCAUCGAAUUUGAGAAACAGUUCAUCUGAUGGAGGACACCAUGUCAUGAUGGAGAACCACCGAAUUAUUAAUGUGGACCGUUCUCUACCAGCCUCAAGAUCAGCAGGAGGUAAUAGCUGUUCCAUGGAGUCACCUAUGCAGCGGUUACCACUGUCUCAUUCUUCCACAAAUCAAGGGAUUUGGUAUUCUGAUGGAGACUCAGCUGCAGCAGACAUCUUUUUCGCUUCAAAACAGCUAUGGUUGGGGUCUUUAGGCCCUGAUGCAUCUGAAGUUCUUGUCAAACAUAAGUUUGAAAUGUUUGGUCCAGUAAAUCAAUUUAUAUUCUUUGCAUUCAAAGGUUUUGCUUUGGUUGAAUACCAAAACAUUAUGGAUGCGGUGAGGGCCAGGGAAAUCAUGCAGGGAAAUUCUCUUUGGGGUGCUGGUCUUCGAAUAAAAUUCAUGGAUAAGGGAUUGGGUACUAAGGGGACUAUAAAUAGUGCCAGUGUUGGUUCUAGUUGCUAUAUUUAUGUUGGAAGUGUUCAGAGCCGCUGGAUGAAGGAUGAUGUCGUGCAUGAGCUGAGAAAAGCUCUUCAAAAAGGUCCUCGGAUGGUAACUGAUCUAGGCAGUGAAGGAGCAUUGCUGAUGGAGUUCAACACACCUGAGGAGGCCACAAUUGCCAUGAAUCAUCUAAGGCACUGGCGUAAGGUAAGGAGUGACUGCAUUCAGCCCCCAUACUUUGGUCCGACUAAUGCUUCCAUGCAUACUGAAGGUAUAAGACCUAGCUCUACGUCUGUUUAUGUUGGUACGGGAAGCAAUUUUUGUGCGAAUAGUACUGUUGGGCCAUCUCACUUCAAGAACAUGCUUGAGAACCAUUCUGACAGUCACGUUCCAAGAAUAUCACGUCUAUCUUCAUUGCUUUCACAGUUGAGUGCCAAAUAUAAUGUCAAAUAUGAUCCUGGCUAUAAUAGUCAUCAUCUGCCGGGGAGUUGUGAAACUGGAUUCUUCGGAGGAGAUACAAAGCUGACAAAUACACUAAGGAUUAGCAUUCCGAAUGGUAGCUCCUUGUUUAUCACAGACGAUGAGCUUUUGGCUAUUUGUAAUCUUGCCAUUGACAACAAAGGUUCUAUCAUCAGGUUAAUGAGAGAAAAUAUGCCUAUGGGUUCUUGUUGGCUAGUUGAAUGCAGCAGCAUGGAUUCUGCAAAUACUCUCCUGAAGAACCUUCGUGAUUGUCCUGGGUUAUUCUUCCAGAUAGAAUUCAGUCACUCUGGGCAGCAUCAUGUUCAUGUUCCUGUAAAAAAUGAAGGUAGUAUUCAGGAGCUCACAUCACCCAGACUAAAUCCAGAACAAGGUAGCAUGUCUCAUGCUGGAUAUGCAUUUCAGUCUAACUGGCCACAUGUAGCAAGCAGAGGGAUGCCCGAAGUUGGUUCUGGAAAAACCGAGAUGAUGAUUCCAGUUCCAUCCCCGAGAGGUAAUCAUAUAUUCUCUGGUUCUGUUAAUGACAUGUGGAUGCACAGGAAAUCUGAAGCAGAGAUACAUUCUAGACCGGCAAUCAUUGCUUGCAAUCCUGCACCUCCUCAAGCACCUCCUAGAGCACUACAGCCUCUUCAAGGACCUCCUACUGUGCCACUGCCUGUUCAAGUACUUCCUGCUGCAGCACCACAGCUAAUUCAAGGACCUCUUAUUGCACCACCACAUCAAGCACAACCUCCGCCCUUUGUGCGCCCAAUGUAUUUUCCCCCAAGUGGGUGGGAUUCACGUGGUUUGAACCAUAACUUGCCCCCAAAUACAAUUCCAUCUGGUGCAAUGCCUACUAAUCUUCAUCAUUGUUCAGUUGCAUCACCAUUUAUACCUCUUUCUGUGACUCCACUGUCGCAAAUACAAGGCACCUCCAUGCCAUAUGAUCAUAUGUAUGCUGUGCCUGUUGUUCGACCACCAGUGACGUCUUUACCACCACAACCACCACCUCAGCUUGACUCAUUACCCCUGUUACCUCCACCUGUCUUGCAGCCUCCGUUACCUUCAUCCCCACCCCCACCACCUUACCCUGACCCACCUAAUAUUCCUCCUCCACCUAGUUCCCCACCUCCUCCUCCCCCGCCUCCAUUAUCUGAACCUUCAAAUUCAGGAAGUUCUAGACAAUAUUUGCAAUGUCGUUGGCAGGGCUCCUUGAGUAAAAGUGGAGUUCAUUACUGCACGAUUUAUGCCCAAAGAGUAGAGUCAGAUAUUUGCAGGUAUCCAAAUGCCAGUGCUGAGCCGACAGAAUGGCCUGCGAAGUUGGAUAUGACCAAACGUACUGAUUUUCGGCAUGUCAAAUCAACAUUUUGUAGUACACCACCCCACAAAAAGGAGAUAUGCUGGUUGCUACCUUCUUCUCCAAUGGACCAUAAGGGCUUUCAAGAUUUUGUAUCAUACUUGAACCAGAGGGAAUGUGCUGGUGUAAUUAAAAUCCCAGCCGUAAACUCAAUGUGGGCAAGGCUUCUCUUCAUUCUUCCGCAGUCAUCUGAUACCUGCUCUAUGCUCUCUGUUGCACCUAAUCCUUCUCUUUGUCUACUUGGUCUGGUGGUGCCCAAAGAGACGAACUCUGAAUGGGUGCACGCAGCAGAAUUCUCCGACUGUCUAAAAGUUAUUGCUGAAGCCAUGUCGAAUCGUUAUAGUAACCAAAACAGGAACGAAAAAACUCAGAAGAAGUUUGUUCCAAAGAAGGAAAUGCAAGCUUCUCAAACCCUAGCGAAUUCCUUCAGGCAAUCAGUUUCUAUCAAAUCUGAAGGAAGUACCAACGCCGGUAACUCCAGUAGUGCCGGUUCUUCUGCUGGAGAGGUCAAGAGUAGGGUUAGGAUGGGAGAAAGUGGCGCCUGGGUUUCCGCUGCUAUUCCUAGUGGAAAGUUCGUGGAUUAUUUGCCUCAGGAUGAGGCUGUAGCAGCUGGGCUUGGAGCCGAUGAGGGUGCAUUGGAUCCUGUGGAAUCGCAGCGUGUGGUGGAUGUUUUGAACAGGGAGUUGUUUAGGUUACUGAAGAUGAAUGCAAGAGACUUCUGGCGGGAAGUGGCCAGCGACAGCUCCCUUCACUCUUUUCUUGAAAGCUUUCUGAAGUUCAGAAGUAGGUGGUAUGAUUUUCCAUAUCGAGGAGCCAGGGGUAUAGUCGCUGGGGUCGUCGUUGGGGAGUUCGAGCUCUGCAGGCGUAUCUUUAUGGUCUUGUAUCGCAUAUCGUCAAAUCGGGACCCUGGAGCUAAGACUGCUGAUAGUCUUACUCGGAAAGAUCACGAAGCCCUUUUGCAGGAGAAGAAGUUGCUUGAUUUACCGAAGUUGUUAGACAUAUGUGCCAUAUAUGGUCAUGAAAAUGAAGAUCUGACAAGAAUAUUGGUCGUCAAUGCCAUAAAGUCACAGCCAUGGAUCCAUGAUGAUCUUUCAUCUGUUAUUACACACUUCCUUAGCAUUGUGCAGACUAUGUAUGAGAGGUGUAGCUCAUCGUUAGAGGUUUUAUUUUCCUCCAGUCACUUUCAAGAUCAUGGGCAUAGUCGACUUCAAACAGACUAUCUAGAGGUGAUGGAUUUCUUAAAUGAUGCUGUGGUAUCUAUGGAUGCGUUUGUCAAUGCGUAUAAGCAAGCAUCCAUCUACUUCUGCUGUCCUGUUGAAAUGAGUCAUGGAAAUGAGGAGGUUCUUACUACCCUUGCAAGAUUGCAUAAUUUAUUGCUUCCCUCUUUGCGGCGGGGCUUCCACAUAAUUUUAACCUCCGGAGAGAAAAGUUUGACGGAGUCAUCUAAUGAAAUGCGCUCAAAUGUUUUUGUCAGUCUCAAAAUGUUAUCCACAAGGAUAGUAAAUUUUGGUUGGAAGCUGCUAUACUUGUGCUAUCUAAGUGAUGAGGCGUUUGUUGAAAGUUCUCCGCUUCCUGCUACCAUGAAAAUGUUCCCGACCAAUGUGGAGGAUCCUGCUAUAAGAGCAGAUAUAUUAGUGCAGUCAGUGAGGGAUAUCAGUGGAGAUUACUCGCAGGCUCUAGAGGGCCAUAGAAAAGGAACGUUUCUCCAAAUCAUUGAACAAAAUUACAACAUAAUGAGAAGAAUCGAGUUACUACGGAAUACAGGGUGGAUAUCAAUGGAUGAUGAUCAAUUCAAGUUUCUGUUGGGGAUCACAAUAAGCCCUGUAGAAGAUAAUAUUGGAAGGGCAGCCCAUCCGGCAGCCUCUGGAAAAGACAACCGACCCCAGGUUGAUGAAGAUGCUGCUAUUAUGGAGUCAAAAAUAAGUCAAAUAAGAGACCUGUUCCCUGAUUAUGGAAAAGGUUUCUUAGCUGCUUGUCUUGAAGUAUAUAACCAGAAUCCUGAAGAGGUCAUUCAGAGGAUUCUUGAGGGUACCCUUCAUGAGGAAUUGCAGUCCUUGGACAUCUCCUUGGAGAAAUUACCACCACCCAAGUCUGAUGUUGCAUCCAUGACCAGAAAUGACAAAGGUAAAGGGAAACUAGUGGAAUCUACACCAAUUCCCCCUAGAAACAUUGUGCCCGCAGCAUCGCCUUACAAAGCUGUAGGCUCUUCUAAUUCAUCUAUAGCUCCAGCUGGAAGAUUUAUCAGAAAAACAGCCAGUGACGAGCCUGCUUCCUUGACACUUGACUCUAGAGAUGCGAAGGAUUUGGCAAAAACCCUUGCACUUUCAUCACAGCUCGAGUAUGAAGAUGAGUAUGAUGACUCAUUUGAUGACUUAGGCCUAAGUAUUGGUGAUUCAGCAUUUGAGGAAACUGAGAACCUCCAAGACAAGACAAACUUCAGCCGUGGGAGAAGUUCUGAAGCUGAUAAUGGUAGCUCAGCUUCCAAUGCUUCUAAAUGGGGAUCAAGAAAGAUGCCACAGUUUUACGUCAAAGACGGCAAGAACUAUAGUUACAAAGUUGAGGGUGCUGUUGCAGUGGCUAAUUACAAUGAAGCUUCUUUAGUAAAUCAAGCUCAAAAGGAGAUGAUACAUGGGUUGGGACGAGGUGGUAAUCUUCCUUUGGGUGCAGUUAAACGGCUGACCGAGCCAAACGAGGAGAAAGACGACGAGCCGGAAUCAAAUGAAAUGGGUGGAAGGGGCAGAGGUCGAGGGUUCUACAGAGGAGGAAGAGGUGGGAGAAGAAGAGACUCAAACGAGGAGAAAGACAUCGAGCCCGGAUCAAAUGAAAUGGGUGGAAGAGGGGGAGGUCGAGGGUUCUUCAGAGGAGGGAGAGGUGGGAGAAGAGGGGGAGAGUCAAACGAGGAGAAAGACAAUGAGCCGGAAUCAGAUGAGAUGGAUGGAAGCGGGGGAGGUCGAGGGUUCAGAGGAGGGAGAGGUGGGAGAAGAGGAGGGGGUAGAUCAAAUCAUUACAGAAAGGAUCAAGCCAUGAAAAAACACUUUUCAGGUUUGACAGGCCAUUGAUAUGGAAGCUUCCUUUACAAAUUGUUGAUAAGCCACCAGAAAAAAAAAAGAUAUUACCUUUUAGUUACCUUACAGAGUUAUUUCAGUUGGAUUUUGUGUUCAUCAAAUAUACUUUAGUAUAUACCAUGGCUCAAAGUUUCUUUGAAUUUUCCGAUGUAGUAAAAAAGCAGGUAUUUAUGAGAUGAGGAUUGAAUAUAAAUGGUUAUGUAAAACUAUGACGUUGAGGAUUAAUUGGAAAUAAUUUUUCUGCUCGGGAGAUAAAGGAGUAAGGUUUGC